AUGAUCAGUGAUACGCGAUCCGAGGUGUUGACCGCGAAUUUCAAACAGGCGAGUCGCACCGUGCAUGACUGGCGGCGUAAAUUCGCCUUAAGCGGUAACCUAUUGUUGAGAAUUUUUCUUGGCCUUUGUUAUAUCACGGGUACAAACUGCGAUUGGAAAGAGAGAAUGCCGCGUGGGACCAACAACAACAUGCAGAUCACGAGCCACGAGUCUCAAUACGCCUGCGAUCUGGAAAAGACUUGCAAUUGGUCGUGGAAUCAAUUGGACAGUUUCAAGAAAACCAGCCCACCCUUGCGAAAUAAAUUGGGGCCUAACAUGGAUGCCAGUAAUUCUACUGAGGGGCAUUUCUUAUGGUUUACUGGCUACGGGAAACCUCAAAUAUGGUCCAGUAAAAUCUCUCCAACUGGACCACGUUGCAUAUUAGAAUUAGCUCUAUAUCAAGUUGAAAUGAGCAAUGGUAUUAUCAAAUUACUCAUAAUUACAAACAAUACAAGUUGGAUUGCCGCGGAGAGGCAAGGAAAUAAUCAUACAAAAUGGGAGAAAAUGCGUUUUACAAUAGGUACUAUCUCUCAACCACAUCAGUUAAUUAUAGAGAUGAUAGUACCCUAUUCUAAUUCUAGCAUCGCUAUUGAUAAUAUUCAACUAAUCGAAUGUUUUUCGGACUCAGAACCGAUAUGCACGGAAAACAUGUAUCGCUGUAAGAAUGGCUCGUGUUUAAACAGAACACGUGUCUGUGACCUAACAAAAGACUGCGCCGAGGGCGAAGACGAGGAGGACGACUGCGACAAAAUACCGAAGAACGCGAGAUGCAAUUUCGAGCAUGGAUGGUGUGGAUGGAAAAACAUACCGGGAAGACCUUUAAACUGGACCCUCCAUCGUGGCGCAACACCGUCCGAGAAAACUGGACCUAGUUACGAUCAUACAUACCGCAAUGCGUCCGGGACAUACGCGUAUGUAAGUAUGUCACCAAAAGUAGAAUAUGGUAGCCAUGGUACUAUUGAAAGUCCAUUGUACAAUCCUACACCACCUUAUAAUGGUGAUCCACAAAGUUUUUACUAUAAGUCGUGUCAAGUACGGUUUUUUUAUCAUCAAUAUGGUGCAAACAGCGGUUCUCUUGGAUUGUAUUUAGUUCAAGUAAAACCACAUCAACCCCAAUAUUACGACCGAUUAUGGUGGACUUAUCUUAGUGGUGACAGAAAUGACGUUUGGUACAAACAAGCUGUUUCUUUACCUGAUAUCAAAUACAGAUAUUUUCUUCAAUUUGAGGCAAGCAGAGGAUAUUACUCAAAAGCUGAUGUAGCGAUCGAUGAUUUUUCCCUAAGUCCAGAAUGUUUUGGCAUUGGAGUUCCUCCUGAAGUCGUAGGAGAUUUCAAUUAUUCUAACCCCGUCAUUGAUUCGGAAAAAAUCCCUGAUCAACACACAGACUUUGUUAACGAAACUGUUAUACAUAUUACCACAUGUGGAAAUACAGGAAGAAUAGGCCCCAAUUCUGAGCAAUGUAACGAGGAAUACAAUAGAACAGACAUAGAAUUAGUUACACCUUCACCAGAAGAAGAUCCCCUUUCUUUCAAUUUAAAUGGUAUUCAACGAUGGAUAGUACCUCGUGGUGGAUAUUAUACUUUAAUUGGAAUGGGCGCCCGUGGAGGAAAAGGUUCUAGUGGUAUGGGAAGCACGUUGGGUGCACUUGUCCGUGGUGUAAUCGAAUUAGAAAAGGGUGAUCAACUGUAUUUCAUGGUGGGGCAAGCAGGAAUGGAUGCGUGUCCUAAAAUCUUGGGACAGAAAUUAGACAGUUGUCAAGGCCCUGCAUAUGAAUCUUCCUUAGGAAUUUCCAAAGUACAUGAAGUAAGAAGGAUGAAGAUAAGAGAUGGUGGAGGUGGUGGUGGUGGUGCAACGUACAUUUUUACAUUAAAAAGUAAUGGAGAACAACAUCCCAUACUUAUCGCAGGAGGUGGAGGUGGUUUAGGAUUAGGACAAUUUAUUGACAAUGGCCAUCAACAUGGUCGAGGACCCGCUCCUCCUGGAAGACAACCUACUUCGGGUACAGUUCUUUCAUCACAAGCAGAUAGCCCAGGCGGCCCAGGUGGAGGAUUGAACGAGUCAUCGGGUAUGGGUCAACGAACUACAGCAGGCGCGCCCCUUGUUAGGGGUGGCGUAGGCGGAAUUGGUUGCGGACCUAGAAAUCACGGAAACGGAGGAUUCGGCGGCGGCGGUGGUGGAUGUCUUACUGGAGGUGGUGGAGGUGGCUACAUAGGUGGUAAUACCGGUCACAAGGAACUUGGUAACGGUGAAGGUGGUUACUCCUACGCCAGCAGCGAGCUUAUGUACGUUCACUUCCUGUCAGGAAUAAAUCAUGGGCCAGGAGAGGUUUACAUCAUUCCUGCUAUCAGUGGUUGUGGUUGUGACUUCCGUUGCAUCUCUCUCGAUCAGUACCUUAGCGAGACAAAGUGUCUCUGUCCUUCAGGCUGGUUAUUGAGUAAUAAUUCAAGAUCUUGUGUUCCCGAUGACAAUGUUUUAGGUGAUUCAAAAGUUACGCAUCAACCGUUCAUGAUACCCCUUAUAGUUGUAAGCAUUGGCCUACUCUUUGCUUUCACCGCUCUCUGCCUACUACUUUAUAAUCGUUACCAAAAUCGAAAGGCGCUUAUACAACGGCGACAAGUAAUGUUUGGUAACGGAACUGAAUUAACGUCGCUGCAAGCUGUUUCCGACACUAUAAUGACCGAAUUCAAUCCGAACUAUGAGUUCGCUGGAAAUCUUUAUAGUUUUAAAGACUUGACGCAAAUCCCACGCGAAUGUAUAACUUUGAUAAGACCGCUUGGUCAAGGAGCUUUUGGCGAAGUUUUUCAAGGUGUGUAUAGAUAUAGACGGAAUCAAGAACAACCUGUCGCUGUGAAGGCAAUCCCCUCUUCGUCUAGGCCUCAGACGGAAGCUGAUUUCAUGAUGGAAGCUCUGAUAAUGAGCAAAUUUAAUCAUCCCAAUAUCGUACAUUUUAUUGGAGUUUCUUUCGAGAGAAAUCCAAAGUAUAUCGUGUUAGAAUUGCUCGCUGGAGGGAAUUUGAAGAACUUUCUUCGAGAAGAAAGACCACGCGCGGAUCGGCCCACUUCGUUGAGGAUGCAGGAUUUGAUAAUGUGCGGAUUUGACGUAGCGAACGGUUGCAAAUAUAUGGAAGAGGCCCGAUUUAUUCAUCGAGAUAUCGCCGCGAGAAAUUGUUUGCUCACGUCUAAGGGACCCGGUCGUAUAGUGAAAAUCGCGGAUUUCGGGAUGGCAAAGGAUAUUUAUAGGAGCGAUUAUUACAGAAAAGGAGGCAAGGCGAUGUUACCGAUUAAAUGGAUGCCACCAGAAAGUUUUCUAGAUGGAAUAUUCACUACGAAAACUGAUGUUUGGGCAUUUGGCGUGUUACUAUGGGAAAUUAUGUCUUUCGGUUAUAUACCUUACACUGGUUGUACUAAUAGAGAAGCUAUGACAAUGGUAACGUUAGGAGGUCGUUUGGAAAAACCUGCAGGAUGUCCUGAUCCUAUUUAUGGAUUAAUGACACGAUGUUGGCAUCCACGCCCUGAAGACCGGCCUAGUUUUGCAACUAUCGUCGAGAGAAUUGGUUACUGUUUACAGGAUCCUGAUGUGAUAAAUCAUCCAACCCCCAAUUUCGAUAUUUUGCCAAUCUGCGAUCGUGAAGUGACGAUAAUGAGACCUGAUCCAGAAACAGAAUGUAUCAAUGUACAGUCAGAACUGGAUGCAUGUGGAUACAUGCAACCCAGAAUUAUCGAUUCUCGAUCAGCUAGUCAACGCAUGGCUCAAGCUAUUGCGAGCAAUAAUCCUAAUCUCAGAAACGAAAAUCCGAAUCGAAUGAAUUCGAAUGAAAGAAAUAAUAUGCAAGGACGAUUUCAAUCAAUUCCAUAUGGCACUAAUACAGAUUCUGAACAAACCUUGGGUGGAAACGCGAGUCGCGAAGAUUUUAAGGAUGAAAAUAUUCAUUCAGAGAACAAACAUAAGGCUGACAAUUUAAAUUGCGAGGAGAAAAGCGUACAUCGAACUUCGACGGACAUCGAAAAUAGGUUAAGGAACACGGAUAAUGGUAAUAAUCGUGCAUCAAGUAUCGAGAAUCGUCGAAAUAGCACGGUUGAUAUUACGGACAUAGAUAGAAGGAAUGGCAAUGAAAGCAUAACUACCACUGAGACCAAUUCUGAUUCUUUAAUCGUUGCUUCCUCGGAUACACCGCCUGAUACGAUCAAUUCGUCACCGAACACACGUAGUCGAUCCCCUAGUCACACUGGCCUAAAUACGAGCGCCACUAAUGUUAAUGGAAUGUUAAAGAAAAACGCCCUAAAGGCUGCGCUCAGUUUGGAUCCUAGUGCUCUGUGUCGUGGCACGAUACCGUACGAAAAAAUAGCAUUCUCGCCACCACCACAGCGUUCAAGUACCCCUGGCAGCAUGGAGAUCAAGAAGUUCUAUGUAUGAUGGAACUAUCGUCUCUCUGUUCUUCACACGAAGGAUCUUCUGGGUCAUGAGCUUCCAAAGGAAGAGGAAUGCUUUUGCUGAAAUUUGUACAAAGGGGAGUGACAGAAUUCCCCGAUAGUCAAUGUUACAAUGCAUUCGACUAAAUCAUUGCGACGUUCCGCAACUGUAAACGCAGUUUCUAUGGCUAUACGUUUCAAGGAAUCAUCAUCAUUUUUAUGGAUACGAAAUGAAGAAUAUUCGCGUCAUGUAUACUCCGAAGAAACGUUGCUAUAAGUGGAAAUUUCUUGAACAAAUGAAUUGGUAUUAUUUUUUCAUUCCUUUUUGUUUUUCUUUGUUUUUUCCUUUUUGUUUUUAAACGUGAAAAAAAGUUAUUUUUAUCCAUAUACCAGAGGAAAGAUUUUAAUUGAGUUUAUUAAAUGGAUGGUCACGCAUUCUCCAUUAUGAUGCAUAUUAGGGGAAUAUAGAAGUUUUUAAAAAAUAAGAGAAUUUUUUUUUAAUCUAUCGUAGUUUAGGUAAUAUUUUAGUUUAUAAAUAAGAAAGUUUUUUUAUGUUUUUAUUUAUUUUUUAGAAGCUUCAAAGUGAAUUCCCUUCAUCAUAUGGCGACACGAACGAAAAUAAUCAUCGAUAAAAUUUAUUUAUAGUAGCAUAUAUCGAAUAUAAGGAAUUGUAAAACAAAAAUGAAACAUUAUGAGCUUGAGGUCGUCCGUUAUUAAACUCAACUAAAUCCUUUUUCUCAAAACUCACACGAACACGAACACACUUACGAUACACACUUGCGGGCGUAAAGUUAUAUACGUAUCUACAUAUUACAUGUAAAAGAAUUUAAAAAAAUAGAAAAAAAGAAAAAAGAAAGAAUUAGAAAAAAUGAAACGUACUAUCGUAAUGUUUAACAUACGUACGCAAAAGAAAAAAAUAAAAAAAAAUAAAAAAAAAAAAAAUAAAA